CCCCUUGUCCUUCCCCCCUGACGAGCGACUCUUCUGGGGCUGGAGUCUCCCGCACAACACCGCUCACUGACAGCUGUGACUGACUCACCACCGCAGGGGGAAAAGAUGGAGCACAGAGACAACGGCUUCAACAUCUUGCUGGCCACCGACUCCUACAAGGUAACGCAUUACAAACAGUAUCCUCCCAACACGAGUAAAGUGUACUCCUACUUCGAGUGCCGUGAGACGAGGACGGACCCAGCCAAGAGCAGAAAAGUCAAAUAUGACAAAACCGUCUUCUACGGCCUGCAGUACAUCCUCUUUAAGUACCUGAAAGGAAAGGUUGUGACUCCGGCGAAGAUCCAGGAGGCAAAGGAGGUUUACAGAGAACACUUCCAGGAUGACGUUUUCAACGAGAAAGGCUGGACUUACAUUUUGGAGAAAUACAAUGGACACCUGCCCAUCGAAAUCAAGGCGGUACCAGAGGGCAGUGUGAUUCCCCGAGGCAACGUCUUGUUCACUGUUGAGAGCACAGAUCCUGAGUGCUACUGGCUCACUAACUGGGUGGAGACAAUCCUGGUUCAGAUCUGGUAUCCCAUCACUGUGGCAACCAACUCCAGAGAGCAGAAGAAGAUCCUGGCCAAGUACCUCUUAGAGACGUCUGGGAACCUGGAGAGACUCGAGUAUAAACUACAUGACUUUGGCUACAGGGGCGUCUCAUCCCAAGAGACUGCAGGCAUAGGGGCCUCAGCCCAUCUGGUGAACUUCAAGGGCACCGACACGGUCGCGGGCAUCGGAGUCAUUAAGAAGUUCUACGGCACCAAGGACCCUGUGCCAGGCUUCUCAGUGCCUGCUGCAGAACACAGCACCAUCACAGCGUGGGGAAAGGACCAUGAGAAAGACGCCUUUGAGCACAUCAUCACGCAGUUCCCCAACGUGCCCGUGUCCAUAGUCAGCGACAGCUAUGACAUCUACAAUGCCUGCGAGAAGAUCUGGGGAGAAGACCUGCGGAGUCUGAUAGUGAAGCGCAGCGCGGACGCUCCGCUGGUCGUUCGACCAGACUCAGGAGACCCACUCGAUACGGUUCUGAAGGUUUUGGAGAUCCUGGGUAAAAAGUUCCCCCCGACGGAGAACUCCAAAGGUUAUAAGGUUCUCCCUCCGUACAUCAGAGUCAUACAAGGAGACGGAGUUGACAUCAACACACUGCAAGAGAUCGUCGAGGGUAUGAAGCAGCACAGGUGGUCCAUCGAGAACAUCUCCUUCGGCUCCGGAGGGGCUCUGCUGCAGAAACUGACCAGAGAUCUGCUCAACUGCUCCUUCAAAUGCAGCUACGUGGUCACCAAUGGACUCGGGGUGAACGUGUUCAAGGAUCCAGUGGCAGACCCCAACAAGAGGUCAAAGAAAGGUCGUCUGUCUCUGCACCGGACGCAGAGCGGAGACUUUGUCACCAUGGAGGAGGGCAAGGGCGACCUGGAGGAGUACGGCGUGGACCUGCUGCACACAGUCUUCCAGAACGGGAAAAUUGUGAAGACGUACACAUUCGAUGAAGUCAGAGACAAUGCUAAGCUCAAGGAGAAGGAGCUUGAAGAGCUGCUGUUCUGAACAGCACCUCCAGGCCCCAAACCCAACCCCACCCUAAACCCAAUACAACCCCCGCCCCAUCCCACCCUUUCACCUUCUGGCCUCUGUCGUCACCCAAGAAAAAUGGAGGUAGCGUGCACUGCAAUUAGCCCCGCCCCCCCACUCCCAAAGCCCGAAAACUCCCUGAACAAUUUGAGGAACUUAACCUCCAUGUUCCGAAAAUGCUGUUGAUUGGUUGCCCGGUGGAGGGGGAGGGGGAGGGGUUUGUCGAAUUCUUGAUUAGCGGCGAACCCUCAUAUAUGUGUGACAUGUUAAAGUCAAGAAAGAGGAAAAUGUGUGUGAGGUACAGUAAGCGAUCUGAUUUCGAUGACAAGCCGCGAGUUCACAUCUCGAGCGGCUGCUGCCGUAUGGUUUGUGAUCGUGAGGCCGCCGAUAACGUGUCGGCAGACUUUUCCCUGUGUCGACACGAAAACCAAUAAAGUAAGAUUGUAGUUUUUCUUUCUGGAAUGAGCAGCUGCAUGAGCGGUGAGCGCACGGCGAGCCAAGUCUUAGAAUGCUCCUGACUGAAAAAUAAAUCCACACCCACAUCAACGACCUCGUCCCGUGUAUAGAAUUAAUUAGAAAAUAAAUCCAUGUCUGAAUCUACUCAGCUUUGUCUUUAAUGUGAAGGAUGCAGAGGAUGAUCAUGAAAUAUAACGGUGCACCUUUAACACCAUCUUACCGAUCACUUAAGCCUGGGCCACACUGAGCGCGUGUGCGGCGCUGAUCUGCUGCGUCCCGUGCACAUCUGUUGAGAAUCUCUGAUGUGACUACUUUAUUUCCCACUAAUAAAAGUCCCUAUAUAUAUACUCAACUAUAUGCCAGGUCCUGCAACAAUACCAAUAAAAACCUUAAAACAAAUGAAUAGCUUCAAACAACAGAAAAGUCUUUGAAAUGGGAACAGGAAGUGCGACAGAUAAUUAAGAUAAUCCCCCCCCCCC